AUGAAGAUCAUCUGGACUUUCACUCUGCUGAUGAUUCCUGGUGUGGUGAACUCCAUCAGUGUGACAGGAUAUUCAGGAGGAGGAGUCAGCAUCACAUGCAAAUAUUAUAGUGAAUUUAGAGAAAACGCAAAGUAUUUUUGUAAAGGACAGCCAGUAACAUGCUCUGAACUCAUCAAGAAUAAAAAUAAAAAUAAAUGGGUUGACUCUGGAAGAUUCUCUCUGUUUGACGACACAAGAGCAGCAGUUUUCACUGUGACCAUCAGAGAUCUGAGUGAAGAGGAUUCUGGGACGUACCAGUGUGGAGUUGAUAUUUAUGCAAAAGUAGAUUCCUACACUGAAGUGAAUCUGAAAGUUAUAACAGGUCAACAAAUCAGGACGAUGACAGGAUAUUCAGAAGGAAACAUCAUAAUAAACUUUAAAUAUGAGAUGCAACAAAAUAACCUUUUGAUAGAUGUCUGUAAUACUGAAGCACUUCAGUGUUUUACUCUAAUAAACACUGAAAGAGCAGCAGAAUGGAAACAUGGCAGUCGAUUCUCUGUUUAUGAUGACAGAUCUGAAGGUUUCUUACAUGUUUUUAUAAGAGACCUGAAUGUGAAAGAUUCUGGAAAAUAUAAGAUUAUAGUUACAGUUUCUGAAGACUACAGUUUCUUCUUGGAGUUUUACCUGGACAUUAAGAAGGGUGAGCCAUUUUAA